UAUGUAUUUGUUUUAAAAACCAAAAAUGACGACAACAUAUUGGUAUUUUAACAUAGUCGGAAGUGAUAUAUAGCCUGAAGGAAUUGAUGCAACAAUAUUUGACGAUGGUUGACCCCUGUUCUGUCACUUAUCAAGUGGGGAUAUUCAAUUUAGGAACGAAAAUAUCUGGGAAUUUGUCAGUUGAAUGUUUUGGGAAAUGUCGAGAUUUCGUUUGAUUGUUUUCAUCUCGUGCCAAGUAUUUUGUCUUGUUCAAAGUCUUAACACCCUUGAUGGAGUAUUUACUGGUACAUUUUUAGAUACUAUAGCAAAGGCGCUGACAAAUACUGAAGAGACCGGAUGUGACAAACCAACGGCUAACCAAACAAAUCCUUACUUUUUUGGCGUCACUGAUCUCAAAUGUCUACAAAUAGAAGCAAAAAUGCGAAGGAAAGGUUAUGAUAUGCAAGAUAUUCAGGAUCUCAGAGAGAAAUACCCAAAUCUCAUUGGUAAACGAUCUGUAAGGGAGACAAAUAAAACAAAAUCAUCUGAGCCUCGGAAUCAUUCACCAGUCAGAAGCACGUUACGACCUGUACAUAGAUGGAUAUUCUACGAAGGGUAUUUUAUUGAGUUCGGUGCUGGAAGUGGAAAUAUUGGUAAUUUUCAAGAUGUUGGCAACAAGACAAUAUAUUCUGCUCUAAACGGAAAUGGCGCGAAAACUAACUCGACAUUUGCUGAAAAUAGCUUAUCUAAUGCUAAUAUGCAAACAGUGUACCCUAAAAAUGGGGAUUUAUGUUCCGCCAAAAUGGAGAGUGAAAUAGCUGGGUAUAGUUCAGUUCCAUUGGGAUGUUUAUAUAAAUGUGCAAGAAGUUUCGUCACCAAGUUUGGAAAGUACCAUUUGAUUAAAAAUAACUGCCAUCGUUUUGCUAAUAAAUUGUCAAACAUUUUGUGUACGGGAAUAUGUCCUGAAUGGUGCAAGUGAUCACGGUAAAACGUUGUUGUUAUAUAUUUUUGUAUACUAUAGCAAUUAACGAAUAAAACUGUGAUAUAUAUAGUGAAA